AUACUGAGUCGCCUGUUGUGAUUGUGAUUGAUAGUCCGUAAUCCAAGUCCAAUUGAAUCGUACAUAUACAAAGUCGGAACUACAACAAAUACUUAACUUGUGCUUCAGCAGAACUUAUAUUUUGUUGUGAAGUGAAAGUGAAUACUAACUUAUAAAUAACAAUAGUGGAAUACAGUGGACAACAUGUUUUUAAGCGUAUAUUUACGAUUUCAUUAUCUACGUAAGGUUAUUGGAUUGUAAUGAUACCAACAAGGACGUAGUAUUGCGAGCAGCAAUAUCAGUCGCAGGAAUAUGACAUCUUCAGGUGGACCAAGUACUCAUCUUGGAAUGCAUUCCACUAUGGCGAGCCAGAUAGGCUUACGUGCCCCGCCGUCGGACUUUGGCUUAACAGUGGGUGUGCCAGCGCCGACGAUGGGUUAUGAGAUCCAAGCUACCCAUAGCGGUGAUUCUUCUUCUGAUUCCCAAUCUCCUGGUAUGCCUACAGCCAAAGCUAGUGACCGGGAAUCCCGUAUUAUAGCGGAAAAACAACGUCGGAGUCAAUAUAACACCCAAAUAGGUCUGAUAAUGUCCUUGUUGUCUGACAUAGUGCACUCGCAACGCAAAGUUGAUAAGACGAGUGUGUUGAGACUCGCCGCCAACAAGCUCCGCAACGAGCAUGUGUUCGGUGAUACAAUCAAAUGUGGCCACAUCGAGACAUGGUCUUCUUCAUUCUUGAAGUUUUUUGACCUGUUUGGCGGUGUUAUGUUUGGUGUCACAUGCCGCGGCCGUUUGUUCAUCGUAUCCCCCAAUGUUCAAGAAAAAUUGGGAUAUUGUCAUAUAGAUCUCCUUGGCCAAGACAUGUAUACUUAUGUUCAUCCAGAUGAUAAGGAAACUCUUCGCCAUCAUAUCUAUCCCCAAGAACUCCAAACAAGCUGUGACAGCAGACUAUUUGAACACCAUCAUGAUUUCCAUAUCCGCAUCAUGAGGGCUGGUGCUCGUUCGGAUCCUGCAAGAUACGAGCGGUGCCGCAUAGAUGGCAUUUUGAGACGCUCUGACAAAGCAACAUCUAAUGGUGUACAAGACGAGCAAAUCAUUAGAAGGCAAAGAGUUAGAACAAACAGAACAUUUUCAUCCAGUGGAAAUGAUGUAGUUUUCAUUGGCAUGAUUCAUGUAUUGUCUAGUUCUAUGCCGGCACGGAUUCUGCCCCCAACAGCUUAUUCUGAGUACUGGACGAGACAUUUGAUUGAUGGCCGCAUAGUACAGUGUGACCAGAGUAUAUCAUUAGCUAUUGGCUACAUGACGGAAGAAGUAACUGGAACAUCGGCUUUUGUAUUUAUGCAUAAAGAUGAUGUCCGCUGGGUCAUUUGUGUGUUACGCCAAAUGUAUGAUGAAAGUAGAGAAUUUGGUGAAUCUUACUACCGAUUAAUGUCACGUUCUGGACAUUUUAUAUAUAUGAGAACACGAGGAUUUUUAGAAAUAGAUAGAGCCACAAAGAAAGUACAGAGUUUUGUUUGUGUCAACAGUGUUAUUGGAGAAGAUUAUGGAUGUCGAAUGAUGGAAGAAAUGAAAAGAAAAUAUUCUGUUAUAAUUGAUGUAGAGAAACAGCAAGCUGAACAAGCAGCCAAUGAUGAUGUACCAGUAGAACAUCCUAAACGUUUAGAACGCAUUGUAAUGCAUCUUGUUGAGCCGUCAGUUAAUGAGAACAUAGAUGAGCUGCAACUAGUACCUCCUUCUAAAGAAAAUAUAAUUUGUGCAAUUCAAAACAGUGAAAAAGUAGUUCAGGAGACAGGAGUGAGGUUCGACUCAAGGAAAAGGAGGAAGGUGGAUUGUGGUGACACUAGUGAAAGUUACUUGAAGAGACACAGUGGACUGCGGGAUGUGAAUGAAGUAGAUCUGUAACUGGUGAAUAAGCUUUGUGAUGUCUGUUCCUAAGAUUGUUAGUUAAGUUUUCAAAUUGAAGUAGAUGGUAUAUUUGACCAAAUGUUUCAGAAUUAAAACUUUGAUAGUGUAGUUGUAAUAGUAAGUGGACAUUGAUGCAGCGGACUGAGCAUGGGUAAGUCCCACUGUGUGGGCAGACUUCAUUGACUAAAGGUUAUUAUUAUAUAAAAUCCUGAAAGACUGUGCCCGCUGAGGCAAUUAACUAAAACAAGUAAUACAGAACAGAAUGACCUGUUAAUAGUGUAGGUAUUUUACACAACAGCUAAACAAGAAAAAUAGAAUUUCCAUUCAUUGCAUAUUCUGAAGUUCAGGUUCAUACCUGGUUGUUGGUAAUUCACUGUUCCUAUGGGUACUUAAUAAUAGUGUUGAUAGUGAUUGGGAAACUGGGCUACAAUUAGCUUAGUGAUUUAUCAUUAGAAAUCUAUUAUUAUUAUAUGUAAUAUUGUCGUACCAACUUGAUUGAAAAUGCAGACUUUACAAAUGUUCGAAAAUAAACUACUUUUGUGUUCAUUGAAAAAUUGCACCAUUAGGUAAAUAGCUACUCGGCAAUGGAUUAUAAUUUCUAUUAACAUGGUGAUUAUCCAAAAAAAUUGUUAAGCGAACUAGAGAUCGAGUUCUGUAGCAUAGAUUUGAAUGUAGUUAUCUAAUAACCCCAAAAUCAAUUUAUUAUGUAAAUGCUUGUGGCGGGUGGUGGCGUCAGUAUGAAAUAUUCUCUGAGGGACCAGAAGGGGAAAAGCUCAAUAAGGUUUUGUUUUUGUUGAAAGUUAAUUGCUAUUAUCUAAUUAUUGUAUCGUGUAACAUGUAGGUAAAAUACAACCUGGAUAAACUAAACGAACGCGUACUCGGCAAACGCGCAGGUGCACUGCACUACCAACCUAUAUGGUCAUAUGUCGACUACCGAUGUUGUUACUUCAAAACGUUCACUGUAAAUGUUUAAAAUUCUUGUAAUGUUAGAUAAAUGUCUAUUGUGAAUAGUGCCUGGCUCCAGUGCGUCUACAUGUACCUAUAUUAUAGGUACAUAUAUCUGUUCAUCCAUUAACAAUUUCUUCCGUCUUGAUAGGUGUUCUUGUUGAUAUUAAAUAAAUACCUUAGCUUACAAAACAAAAUAAGAUGAAGAAGGAUUUAAAUAAACCGGUACUUCAUCGUUCCAAAGUUUUCUUGAAAUAUGAUGUUCCGAAUUGUGUUGGACCAUCUAUCUAAGGUGUUUGUACAUCUGGUGAUUGUUAUGAUGUCAAUUUGUGGCUUAUUUACCUACAUAUCGUUGUGUAGCAGUGUGGGCCUACUGAAAAUAUUGCCGGUUGCAUUUGGCAACUAUGUGCCCUGAAGGUUGUUGAUAUUGAAUUAAAAACUACUGACUAAAAAUUAGACAGAAUGACAGAUUACAAAUGACAAAUUAUCAAAUCUGAUAUUUUUUUUGUUUAAAACCUCAUAAUUUACUGUACUCUCGAUUAGUUUCGAUUUUGGUAUUACACACGUAAGAAUCAAGAGAUUGGUCGAAUCACUUAAAUUUUAAUUGUUUACUCGUACUUAUAAACAAACCUCCCGAGAACUGCUUCAUAAAUUCAAUAACAGCAAUUUAUUUCAAAUUGAUAACAGUAAACCUGACAUAAAAGCAAAGCAUAUUUGCGAAGGUCAAUUAUAAUCAGAUAGAUCGGGGAUUUCUUUUGUCAUGGGACUUAUUUGAUAUUAUAUUUUUCAAAUUGUACAAGGCCUAGAUUAAACUCCGUAUAUUUAUGGCAUUUUGGUGCGAGUUGUGAGUCAAAAAGUGUAGCUGCAGUGGGGUUAUCACAGAUUUCUUCUAAUGCAAAAAAUAUCGGUCUGAAGUCUCUACAUAAGUAUUAUAAACUUUAAAAAAUAUUUUUUGUGAUGUCUGUGGAUACAGCGAUCUCUUUUUUAACCUACUAAAAUUAGUCACCAAAGCUAGCCGGUAUUGUACCCGUGUUCUCGCUUAGUGCAGCAUUGAGGAUCGAUCGAUGAGUUUCAUCAAGGGCCAAGGGCAACUCGUAUGCCCUUAUUGACUUUACCUGUCCUACUUAAUAGGCAAAAGUUAUGUAAAUACAACAACUUAUUGCUUUAGUUACAACAUUUUUGCUAACUGUAAGUUGUUUGUUCAAAGUAUUUACCAAAGUUAUAAGGAGUUUACAAUUUGUCGUUGUGUGAGCGAGGUUACCGGAGGCCCAAUUACCCUCCUUCCCAAUCUUCCCUUCCAAAUUUCUAACGCCCAACAGGCCGGCAACGCACUUGUAACGCCUCUGGUGUUUCAAGUGUCCAUGAGAGGCGGUGAUUGCUUGCCAUCAGGUCCGUCGACUAGUUUACCGGCUUGUUCUAUAAAAAAAAAAUGUUAGGUUACAAGCAUCAUAACAGUGAUCUGUCCGUUUAAAAACUAAAAUGUUUGUCACUAAUGUUUAAUUUUUGUUUGCUGUGCGCAUUGCGAAAAUACCUUGCUGAUAUGUUUUUGGCAAGAACUUAAAAGUCGAGAUAGAUGACCGAUCUUAAUCCAAAAUCUUUGGACCGAUCUAGGUUUUUAAUAGAACUCUAAAACUCUAAACUAAACGAGAGCGCGUUCGGCACUCUCAUUGGUUGGUUUAUUCAAACCGGCCAAUCAGAGCGCCGAACACGCUCUCGUAUCAAUUACUCUCGUACUAAGGGUACUGAAACUCUAAAAAAACAUGACUUCAUAACUAACUACUUGAAGUCAAAAAUCGAUCUCAAUUAAAAAUUUUUUGGAUUUGGAUAGGCUAUUAAUGUCGGCAGUAAGUGACUCGGUGACUCCUAUAAUAAAUUAGCCACAUUUUGUCGUCCACUGAUCGGCUUUUGUAUUUAUACUUGUUUUUAUAAAUUGUUGAUAGUUAAUCUGGCAUAACAUAGGUUAAAAUUUGGAAGACGUAACUAUGUGACAUGUGACCGGCCAUUUGUUAGAAUUGGAAACUAUUAUGCCAUCCACAUAAUUAGGACAAAAACAAAAUUGAUGAUAAACUAACUACGUUUAAGUGUGCCAAAACGUACGAAUAGUACCUAGCUAAAUAAUGAUAUUAAAAUUAUCGCCAAUUAACUUUAAAUACUUACUGUACCUUUUUUAAUAUUAAAUGUUAAAUUGAUUUUGUUUUUGUUACAAGUUAUUUGUUUUUUUUCCGAUAUUAACAAUUGUUUGUUUACUAUUAUUAACAUCUCUUAUUAUAUUAAUAUAUCUUAACAUAAUUAUGACACGAUAAUGAAAUAACAUUUACAUUUAGGUAUGUCACACGCUUUCUGUGUACAUACAGUAUUUCAUAUAAAUGUCCAUUCCUAAAAUAUUGGACCUUUGCAGUCCCUUCAACUAGUAAAAAUAUCUAGAAAAAAACUCAAACGUUAGAGCUAAAGAAAUAAAGAAACGGCACCACUUUAAAAUGAAAGUACAGUAAAAAGUGUGUCGGAUGAAAUCAUUAAUAGAACAAACAUUUUCUGUAAAUUAUUUUGGGAUUUAAUAACCCUGAACUGUUUCAAACAUGUGGUUGGCGAUGCAAGAAGAAGAGUUUUGUUAAAAAGUUUACAAAGAGACUGGUAAAACGUAUCAAUCAUGAAAAAUUAAAUCAUUCUAUGUUAGUAAUGUACUAAAAUCUAUAUCAACCAGAGUUUGGAUACUGAUGAUAGAUGUCCCUCGGAGACGAUUUUAUAGAUUUUUUGGAGAUUAAGGGAAGAAGUAUUGUGUUUGGCUUACAACAAUGCCUACAUUUCAUUAAGUGCAGCUAACUAUACAGUUAUUUUUCGUUCAUUGAUAGUUUUUUUUUUUUUAAUAUAAAAAUAGGAAUAAUAUAGAAAUAUUCAAGUUUGUAGCUCCAAGUUCAGUGGUCCGUCAGAAUAGAACACAUCGACAAUACAGGUUUCAAUAGGAUACAAGUUACGCCUCAAGCAGGGUACUGUUUACAUAAUUGUGAAGAAAUUUAUAAAUUGUAGGGUUGUGGAUCGAUAGAGCGAUGUUACGUUACGGUAAUGACCAAGUAUUUGAAUGUAUUUUAUAGAUAGGAACAUAGGAACCGGAAUGAAGGUUGGUCGUCUAAUGAUAGGUACAGGGAUGAAAUAUUAAUUUUACCUUACUAGAACGUAACUAAUCAAUAAAAGAUUUUUGCCAAUGUUAUUGCCAACUGAAUCAACUUAGGGAGUAACGCAAGAAGUAGGUAGAAGCAGUUGUGUAAACGAUGAGGAGGAUUUAAGCGUGUUCAAUACAUUUGAAGGCUAUUCAGAAUUAAAUAUGAUCAACGUACGUGUGUACAGUCAAUGAAGGUUUAAAGAGAUGUAUUAUAAUACCGUUCUAUGACUGGAUGAACUUAACUGAAAUCGGUUGUUCAAAAGUCCGCAGAAAUUAAUAACAUGACAUAGAUGAAGAGUGGCGUCAUUCGUGAUUUCCUCGAACUAAUUCGAGCUUGUUAUAUGAUCCAUUGAUUAGCUACCUGCCUCUGCCUCUUGGCAUUUCGCGUGUACAUACUUUGGUACCUACAUAAUGCAUACAUUUUGGUAGUUGUCUAAUUUAAUGUAUAUAAAUAAGAUUGACUCAAGGUGUUUUCUUUUUCAUUCAUAACUAUAAUAAUAUAGAUUAUAAAGUUGUUGUCAUUGAAUAAACGUUAGGUGAUCUAAAUGUCUGUUGUAUCGAUGUUUUAAUGUUUUAAAAUAUCGUAGCCAGUUAAUGAUUUCGAAAUGACAUAGUUGCUAACUAUUAAUUAAAUGUACAGUUCGAUUUUUUGCUUAACCUUAUACUUUUUUUUUGUAAAACUUGUUUAGAAAAAAUCAUUCUUAUAUUCCAUAGAGUACCUAAACAAUAAUGUAUGGUAGUUUGAAGUUAUAAUAGGUGACUAUUAAAUAAUUUUAUGUGUAUACGUAAUAGUUUUAGCUAAUUCCAGCUACCUAUGUUUAAAUCAACAGAACCUACAUUUAGAUUGUAGACUGUGUGUCUAAGUUUUUUCCAUGUCUCUGCAAUUUCAUAAUAAUGUUAGUUCAAAAUAAUCAUUUUCAUAAUAGUUAGUUAAGUUAAUGUAAAUAAUGCGCCUACAAUAAAUGUUUUACAUUUCAUAAUUAGGUACUCCCGUUGUCAAACCAAAUUAAAAGUAAGCUAAAGAUAGGGUAAGUUUACAUACUUCGACAUGUUUAGGUAUACCUACCAUACAAUUACAUACUUAGUUAUAUUUUAGUGAGGUAUUAAAUUUUUCUAUGUACGUAUUGUAUAAUCAUUGAUGAUUGAUGUGGUAUGGCAGUAUGCACCCCGCUCUACUCGUGUGAAAUACUUUAAAAAAGCUAAAGUACAGUAAGGAAAGUAAAACAACCGUCUGUUUUGAUAGUCAAGAGAAAUACUAUCAAACAUCAUAAAUGCUGUUGUCUGAUUCAGGAAAGAAGUCCUAAGUUAGGGGCACCACAUAAUUAAACCUAUACCGAUUUCUUGGUACCUUUAUCGGACAACAGGCUGUAUUGACUAAAAGAAGAGGAGUUAAUGCUAAUGUAGGUUUAUUUAAAAGACCUUACAUUCUUGUCGCCCAUAAAUGUUGGGGUUUACGCGUUUACCCGUGGCAUAUCUGUGCCAAGGCUGUGGUUAAAUGCCAUGUACCGCUGACUGUUGGAAGCCCCUCAAAUUAAGAGGAAGAUGUUCCUUUUCCUUCACUUUAGAGAAGGGUUGCCAUACCCAGUUCGUUGCCACGGGUUACCAAUCACAGUAGUUACAUCUCUGGCGUGCAUAUUCGCUUGCUGUCUGAUAUGCAGUUUUAUUCAAUGUACACGUAGAAACAACUCGUUACAAAUUACAUUACUGCACUCUGUAUUUUUGUAUCUAAACAGGUAUUCUGUCUUGCUACCAAAUUGUAUCACGAUCUCCUCUUUGAAGGGUGCAUUUCAAAAGGAAGUCUGACUUUUUUACAAGUACACAUCUCUGUGUACUGUAGGGAAUAUAAAUUAGUAUUAUACGGUAUAUUGAAUUUAUUAUCCACGGCCUCUAACUUAUAUAUUUAUCUGUAUACCUAUAAUACAUAAUUAGUUGCGUAUGAGGUAGAUUGUUGAAAUAAUAUGUAUAUACUAGUAGGUAGUAUAAGGUUUCAGGGCAUUAUACGAAUACAUUAUUGAUGUAACUUUGUACGUUUCAAAAUAAUUGAUAUUUGCUGAAUAAUGAUUUCAAGUAAUACACAUUUGUGUACAACGAUGUCUAGUGAUUUAAUUCUAAUGUAGAUAAUUUGUUUGUCCAAUUAAAAGUACCAAAGGGUCAGAUUCAAAUGAAUUAAGCAUACACACGAGUUUGUAUAUAGAAAUUCAUAAUCACUUGCAUUAUGACGUUAUAGAAGUACCUGUUCCAUGGGUACAUUUAGUAUGUCGCUAUUCAUUUAAAUAAACCGACUGUUCAUAUUCAAUAUAGUUAUCUACAAAAUGUAUGGAUGAUUUAGUGACUACGAAUAUUAGAAUGUUUGUAAGUUGGGUAAACUGCAGCUAUUGGUCUUUAAUGAGAAAUUAGUUAAAGUUCUAGUGUGUUCAAACGAGUUGUAUAUUGAAUAACUUAAUUGUAGUGAAAAGAUAGGGUUGAUUGAUAUACUGUUGGUGAAAUAGGGUCAUAAAAUCAUCUAAAACAUGUUUGGUAAACAUUAUCCGAGUUCUCUGUUAAAUUAUAAGUGUAUUCCUUUAUAAAUUAUAUUGUAAAAACUUCGGUCAUUACAACGUUGAAUUUUAAAAUGACCUAUUUCUUAUAGUUAUCAAUAUCACAAAAUGUUAUCAUGACGCACUAGUGCUGUUAUACUUUAGUGUACCUACAUGUUAAUUUCGCUUGUAGCCGCUGGUGGGUUUACGUUAUUUUGCGUAGGUUCUUUGUAAAUAAAUUUUAAUGUAGUUAGAGUUAAAAUGAAUGGCUAUAAGGGUUGUGACAUACUAGAUAGAAUGAACUAUUGGAAAUUUUGAAUGAAGUCAAGUGUACCUAAAACGAAUUAUUCAGACUUACGUAUGAUAAGAGAAAGGAAGAUAUUGUCUGUGCUUUGAUCUGAGGAAUGCAUCCCAAAUGUUGUACCUACCUAUGAUGGUUGGACUUAUUCAUUGUAAAUAUAAUCACCCAACUUGCUGAAGAUUAGUACCUACGUUCUUUAUCUGUUGUACAUAACGCGUUUCGAUUCUAUUUAAAUUUAGUUGAGAUAUAACCACCUUUGUCUGUUAUCUUGAACAAAAUUCUUGUGAUGGGGUGCGUUUUACACUGAGUAACCUUUACUUGUUUUUGUGUAAGAAUGAAUUAAUGUUACAUUGAUAUUACUUGAUGUAAUAAAAAUGAAGAAAACAA